UGACUAGGAUGACAACGUUGGGCACAGCACAUUCGAGGUGGCAUGGGUUCAUGCACUGAGCUCGAGCUGCUAGGAUAUGUGACGAAGUGUGGAACCACUUCCAACUUGCUACUUCAAUCGGUUUCAUGGCAGCUGCUGUAGCUUGGUUCAGUGCGCGACCACAGACAACUGAAGGGAAAGACAACAUGGAUUUGCAAGUGGAGUGCGAGCGCUUGAAGUUUCUACUCGUUUUCUUGAUGUUUCACUUACAAGUUUGCUGUUCUAGGAUAGACUACGAAGAGAGCGAUGGCUUUAGUUUAGCAUUCGAUCACAACAGCUCCAGGCACGAAGACUCACUGGCAAAAGGAGAUAGCUGUUGUAUUGUGGAGACAAACCUUGACUGUGAAAGCUGCUUGAGGUCAAUGGCGAAUGAAGUUGGUGCCUACACCUGUCAGAGUCGAAGACCUAUCUUCGAAGCAGGUUCGAGGAUCUACAGACCUAAGGUGACAGCUUUUAUUACAGUUGGAACAUGUGCUACUUCAAGAUGUUUUGUUUCUAGCAGUGAACAAGUAGUAAACGAAGGCAGGCAACUUGAAGUCACUCUGCAACACUUAGCACGAGGGCUUCAGCCCCCAGACGAAGUGCCAGACAAAGUAUGAGGAGUCAAGCAUGUGUGUACACAGAGAGUCCAUGGUACGAGAAUGAGAAGGGUGGCAUAGAGGAAGUCCUGGUACAUAUAUGUAUUUGAGAUGCUUUGUAGAG